GGGUUAUUGUAUUAAACAAUAAAACCCAGUUUAUUUUAGCAGAAAUGUGGACCCUUCAAGGGAGAGUAUCUUGGGCAUACUAUAUGUUGAUGAACUAGAGUUCUCUUUCCUGAUUAAAAAGAGUUAAUGCCCAUUCUAUAAAUAGUUCUGAGAUCACUUCCUUCCUGGCAUUGGAUUCCAAGGCUUCAACCUACAGAAAAAACUGAAAUUUUUUAAAAAUCUACAUUCAUCUGCAGAGAUAUAAUUAGUUAUAUUACAAAAAGAUCUCAAAAUGUCUGGAAGAGGAAAACCUGCUGGAAGAAAAAGAAAAGCUCAGACAAACCUGACAGAAAAUGAGGAAAAAAGGCAAAGAGAUGAAGCUCCAUCUGACCAUGAUGUGCCAGAAUUUAUCCAACUGCUGGCUUCUGACAAAUCAGAAAAUACCAACAAAAAAGGUAAAUGUGUUGACUUCCAAACAUUGAUAGAUGAAUCAAAUAUUUUCCCAAACAGUUCUUCAACUCAGGUCUAUGAAUUAAAUAGGCCUGAAAUGAUAAGGUGUGGCGGGGAUUCCUUGGGUAUUCAUGUCCCUGAACAAAUACAAAUAAAAAUCAAGCAAAAUGAAUACAUUAACAUUGCUGUUCUUCUCAAAGGAGCCGUAGAACUUAAUAACCAGUUCACAAAUGCAGUUUUGAGUGUUGAUGAAAGUGGAACAAUUGUUUCUGCUCCAAGGGCCAAUAGCGAAAAAAUACCAUCCAUCGAAAAAUGGACAGAUGCUUUUUUGAUUUAUUCCAGCAUCUAUCUCCAGGCCCAUCCUGAUCACACUCAGCAUAUGCUUAAUUAUAUGUUUACAAUAAGGGAGGCCGCUGCCAAAUUUGGGGGCACAGGGUGGCGCACAUAUGACGAGCAGUUCCGUCUGCGUCAGUCCAAGUACUUCUCUCCAUGGUCAAAAAUCAAUGCUGACCUUUGGCUCAGAUGUUUUUCAGGCAAUAUUGGUGCCCAAGCAAAUCGGCCAUUUUCCAUUCAACCAAAUCUAUCACCUCCAUGCAUUGACUUUAACAAAGGCUUCUGUCAAUGGAACAACUGCAGGUUCCGACACGUCUGUGCAGUAUGUCAAAGCCCAAAGCAUGGCUCUUGGUCUUGUUAUUUGAAGGAACCACAUUUGCAUCCACAGCAAACUCAACCCCACAAACCCAAUAAUUCCUUUCGGGGAUCUUACAGGGGAGCAUUCAGGUUUCAAAGGGGCCAAGGUCAGCGGUUCAGAGCUCCAAAGCAAUAAUUUCAUGCAAUUAGCACCCUCACCAAUAAACGUUGAUAUUUUACAGGCUGAAUCUUAUGAUUACGAUACUACAGAAUCUCAAUUUUUAGUAAAUGGUUUUAGAAAAGGGUUCUCAUUAAAGUAUGAAGGCCCUCGCAUAGCAACUAGUGCCAAAAAUCUUAAAUCUGCAUUAAAACUUCCGGAUAUUGUCUUGGAAAAGAUUAUUAAAGAGGUGGAACUGUGUCGCGUAGCAGGUCCAUUUGAAAGCAGACCUUUACCAAAUCUUCGAAUAUCACCAAUUGGUUUGGUCCCUAAAAAAACAGGGCAACAAGAGUUUAGACUGAUCCAUCACCUUUCCUAUCCAGCGGGCCGGUCAUUAAAUGAUUAUAUCGACCCAGCUAAGUGUACUGUACAAUAUACUAGUUUCGAUACUGCAGUACACAUGAUUCAGGAUCUAGGUUUCAAGUGUGAAAUGUUUAAAAUGGACAUCAAAAGUGCAUUUCGCCUUUUACCAGUGGAACCAAAUGAUUUUGACCAGUUAGGUUUUGUAUUUAAUAACUGCUAUUACUUCGAUAAAUGCCUGCCAUUUGGAUGUUCCAUAAGUUGCAACUUAUUUAAUCGUUUUGCAGAUUUACUUACACAUAUUAUUCAAAGGAAAGCAGGCUCUACUUAUUUAAUCCAUUACUUAGAUGAUUUUUUGGGUGGUGGCAAAAGAAACUCUGGCGAAUGUCGACAUCUAAUGGAAAUUUUUUCAGGCUGUAUGCAGAAAUUAGGUGUGCCGAUAGCAGCAGAAAAAACUGAAGGUCCGGUUACAGUACUUACAUUUUUAGGCUUAGAACUAGAUUCUGACAAGAUGGAGAUACGUUUGCCACUUCAUAAGGUUCAAGAAGUGUUGAUUUUACUGAACAACAUGCUACAAAAAACAAGAUGCACACUUAAAGAGAUGCAAAGUUUAAUUGGUGUUCUAAAUUUUGCAUGCAGGGCAAUAAUUCCUGGCAGGCCAUUCUGUAGGCGGCUGAUUGAUUCCAUUUGUGGUCUAACAAAACCAUAUCACCACUUGCGAAUUAACAAGGGCAUAAAACUUGACUUAAUGAUGUGGAAACAAUUUUUGUGAAUUUUAAUGGCAUUAGGGUUUUUCACGACAGAUUCUGGUCCUACAAUGAUGAUGUAGAAUUGUUUACAGACAGUGCAGGAGGCGAAGGCAUGGGUUUUGGAGUUUAUUUUGCAGGUAAAUGGAUGUCUGAACGGUGGCCAGAUGAAUGGUUUAAACAUGGAUAUACAACAGACAUUACAGUUCUUGAAUUAUUUCCUAUUGUUGUAGCCAUUUUCACAUGGGGCAAGGAAUUGCAGCAAAAGAAAAUAUGCUUUAGAUCAGAUAAUAUGGCAGUGUGCCAUAUAAUAAACAAAAUGACUUCCAAAUCUGAUUUAAUUAUGGUCUUGCUGCGAAAUUUGACAUUAAAAUGUUUGCAGAUGAACAUUGUGGUGAAGGCUGAACAUGUUCCUGGAGUGAAAAACUCAAUAACCGAUGCCUUGUCUCGUUUUCAGAUGCAAAGAUUUUGGACCCUGGUACCAAACGCACAUCAAAGCCCAUCUAUAAUGGAACCCCAACUAUGGAAAAUAUUCAACAAAGAGCUGUUAGUUUGAUAACAACCAGUGUGUCUGACAGCACAAGAACAGCAUAUAAUCUUGCCAUUAAUCAUUUUAAUACUUUCAGGCUUACUUAUAACCUACCAGAUACAUGGCCGAUACCACUGAACCAAUUUAUUAUGUACAUAUCAUACUGCUUUGAAAAGAAUUAUGCACCAUCAACAAUCAAAUUGUAUAUGUCAGGUAUUAGCUUUGUGCAUAAAAUCAGGGGAUUCUAUAAUCCAUUUAGCAAUUUUGUAGUCAGUAAGAUGUUGGAGGGUUGCAAACGUUUAAGGCAGCAGCAAGAUCUCAGAGUGCCUAUAUCUCUUGGCAUGUUGAACAGAUUAGUUUCAGUUCUUCCCAAUGUAUGUUUUUCAAAAUUUGAAACAAAACUAUUUACAGCAGUAUUUUAUUUGGCCUACUUUGGUUUGUUUAGGAUAAGUGAAUUAGUUGUUUGCUCAAAUAACACAAAGGACAGAGCACUUUGUAAACAAGACAUCACUUUUGAAGGGUUAAACAAUGCAAUAAUAAUUCGAGUUAGGAUGAGUAAAACUAACCAAACAGGUCGACCUGUGUUUGUGCGUAUUCCUAGCAAUCAGGAAACAAGCAUAUGCAUUAAUGCUGUAAAAGAAUACGUAGCUAUAGCCCCUGCCAGAUCUGAGCAAUUUUUCUGUCAUGCCAACAAUACACCAAUGACAAGAUAUCAGUUCUCAGCUGUGUUGUCGAAAGCCUGUGCACAGGCUGGUAUUUCUUCCAAAGUAUUAUCACAUAGCUUUAGGAUUGGUAGAGCAACCGACCUUGCUCUUCAAGGUUACUCUGAUGAAACAAUAAAACGUAUGGGUCGUUGGUCGUCGAACUGUUAUUCAGGCUAUAUAAGAAUGUAGGAGUAAAACUUAUGAAAACUCAAGAUAGCUUGCGAUUGCGCCUGUAAUUAUAACAACUCUUUCUUUGGGUUUAUUUUACAGCAGUUUGGCUGGUAGGGGAUUCACAUAUUCGAUGGGCAGGGGAACGCUUCCAUUCAAGACACAGGGACACGUUUAAAAAUUUCACCAUUUCCUGGGAUGGUCAGAGUGGUUUGAGAGUUGAAGAUUUGCAUCCAGUAAUCCAACUUGGUAUGAUUAAAGGCCGAACUCCUGAAAUUAUUUUCCUUCAUGUUGGGGGAAAUAACAUCACAAGUACAAAUCAAUGUAAAACUAUAAGAAUAAUUAAAUCUGAGUUGCAGUAUCUUUUCGAUAUAUUUCCUAACUCAUUGAUUGUUUGGGUAUUCAUUCUUCCCAGAUUAUCUUGGACUAGGGAAGUGGUUGACAAUUCUUAUCAAAAGAAAAUGAAUUCCAAACGUCAAAAAAUCAAUCGCACAAUUUCAAAUUAUGUGUUAUCUUUUGCUAGGGGAAGGGCAAUUUUGAUAGAAUCAAUUGAUUUGAGUACCCCAGGAAUGUUCCAUGUUGAUAAAGUCCAUUUGUCAGAUGUUGGCAAUGAACUAUUCAUCUUCAGUAUAGGUGAAGCAAUCGCAAGCUUUCUUGGCAGCGACAUUAAGUUUAUUAAAUGCUAAGGCCUAUAAUUUUGGGGGACAAAUUGUUACCAAUUUGCAGUGGCGGAAAAUUCUAGGCCGCUCAUGAUGGGAUGGUGUCACUGUCAACAAUUAUACAUUAUUUCACAAGUUAACAAUAUUUUAUAUAGGUAUGGGUGGUUCUCCUCUCCUUAAUAUGGCUCCUUUUGGAGAUAAUCAGUUUUGGAGGGAAGCCAUCCUAUAUUUGGCACAUUUCACAAAAUUUCAUUUCAAAAUGUUCAUUCUUAAGUUUGCAUUUAGAUGCUUUGGGUCUGCUCGGACAAAGGCGACCCGAAGCGGAUUUAUGGAGAUAAUAUAUACAUGGAGUAUAUACGAGGAGUAUUAUACACAGUAUAUAUGGAGCUAUAUAUAUACUCAGGAGUAUAAUACAUGGAGAUUGGACAGUAUAUAUGGAGAUAUAUAUAUACUGAGGAGUAUUGAUAUUUUCAAUGGAGGUUGGAUAUAGUAUAUAUGGAGCUAUAUAUAUACUAGAUUAUGCGUGGUACAUAUGUAAAAUAAUAAUAAUAAAAAAUUGUAAUUACUUUAAGCAAGCGUGACACCAUCCUGUCAUUGAUGCCUAGAUUUUUCAAAAAUUCCAUGUGGCAACUCUUGAAAACCAGUGGAAUUCUAACUAUCUUUUACUGCGGUCAAUAAACUGCCAAAAUAUUACACUAAAUUACCAAUACAUGUUAUUUAACAGUAUUCAUACAAACAUGAAUAAAAUGACUGUGUACUUUUAA